CAAUUGACGAUUCACUGAUUGGUAAUAAUGUGGUUUUGUGGGUUCUUUUUUCUUUCAGUCAAUUACAGUUAAAGAAUCUUCAUGAAGAUUUGUCAGGUAGAUUAGAAGAAUCCUUAUCAAUCAUCAGUGAAAAAGUACCUUUUAAUGAUACAAAGUAUAAUCUGUACAACCCUCUCAACGUUCCACCGCACAACAGGAGACACCAGCUGAAGAUGCGGGAUAUAGCUGGGCAGGCCCUGGCUUUUGUUCAGGAUCUCGUUCCGGCUCUUCUGAACUUUCACACCUAUACAGAGCAGAGGAUUCAAAUUUUCCCUGUUGAUUCGGCCAUAGAUGCCAUAUCACCACUGAAUCAGAAGUUCUCCCAAUACCUUCAUGAAAACGCGUCCUACGUCCGCCCCCUUGAGGAAGGAAUGCUGCAUGUAUUCGAGAGUAUUACCGAGGAUACUGUGACCGUCCUGGAGACAACUGUGAAAUUGAAAAUGUUUUCAGACCACUUAACUUCCUACGUACGCUUCCUCAGGAAGAUCCUUCCUUAUCAGUUAAAAAGUUUAGAAGAAGAAUGUGAAUCUUCCCUCUGCACACCUGCACUGAGAGCCAGGAACCUGGAUCUGUCCCAGGACAUGAAGCGGAUGACGGCUGUGUUUGAAAAGCUGCAGACAUACAUCACCCUCCUGGCCCUGCCCAGUACAGACCCAGAUGGGCUCCUUCGGGCAAACUACACUUCCGUCUUAACCAACCUCGGCGCUGCUCUGCAUGGGUUUCAUGACGUCAUGAAAGACAUUUCCAAACAUUACAGUCAGAAGGCCUCCAUAGAGCAUGAGCUCCCAACAGCAACUCAGAAGCUGGUAACCACUAAUGACUGCGUCCUGUCGUCAGCAAUGGCUCUAACGAACGGAGCCGGGAAGAUUGCAUCCUUCUUCAGCAACAACGUGGACUACUUCAUUGCUUCACUGAGCUAUGGGCCCAAGACAGCCAGUGGAUUCAUUAGUCCCCUUUCAGCUGAAUGCAUGCUACGGUACAAGAAGAAGGCUGCUGCCUACAUGAAGGCUUUGAGACAGCCCCUCGCAGAGUCCGUGCCUUACGGGGAAGCAGUGGCGAACCGCCGGGUUCUGCUCAGCUCAACUGAGAGUCGGGAAGGCCUCGCCCAGCAGGUCCAGCAGAGUUUGGAAAAGAUUUCUAAACUGGAGCAGGAAAAGGAACACUGGAUGUUAGAGGCACAGUUAGCCAAAAUCAGGCUGGAGAAAGAAAACCAGCGGCAUGCAGACAGGCUGAGGAGUACGGGCAGUGCGCAGCUGCCUGGGCCGGCCCAGGAGAACGCCACCGUGUCCACUGCUCCCUGCCAGGAGGAGGCUGCCGCGAAGGCCCCGUCAGAGCCUGUGCAGAGUGCCAGUCUGGUGAGUGUCUUCCUGCUUGCCCUAGCCCACGGUUUAUUUCAGUGCUAACUGAUAAGACCCAGG